GUUCAGGCACAUGACGGUCGCACUGUUUCCGGCUCAGAGUUCACCGGGGUCCUAACAGCGCGGAUUAGAGAGCAGAAUCAGAAACACAUUUCUUUCUUUCCUCCGCUGAAUCCGCUUUUAAACAUGUCUGGCAGAGAAGGAGGCAAAAAGAAACCACUGAAGGCGCCGAAGAAACAGUCCAAGGAAAUGGACGACGAUGAGUUGGCUUUUAAGCAGAAACAGAAGGAGGACCAGAAGGCCAUGGAGGCGUUGAAGGCCAAAGCUUCGGGAAAAGGACCUCUAACUAGCGGUGGCAUCAAGAAAUCAGGCAAGAAGUAAAACCCUCAAUCUGGCCACGAUGUUUGUUUGCUCCCCGACCUCGCGUCCUGCGUCUGCGAUGUGUGUACGCUCACUGAGAAGACUCCAGUUUGUUUUUUGCUCCGUUUAACACGAACCCCAUCCAACUAAAAACCAGCCCUGGUGUUGACCUCCGCCAGUGAAAAUGUACAAGAGAUGAAUUGAAUAAUUUAGAGGAUUUCAAGGACAGGGAUAUCUGUUGCCAGUCAGGCCAGGUACACACAUCAUAACUCCUAAAGUAAAGUAAUUAGAGGUUUCACACUGUUGUGGAGGGACAGGUCACGCAGUCAUACACACUGACCACAAUCUACAGAUCAAAUACAGAACUGAAGGUCAGCAGCUUUAGAAAUGGAAAACGUGAAACAAUCCUGAUUUGUACUGUGUUUAGUUUUGUGUGAAACUUUAACUAUCAGAAACACAACUCACCCAAAUUCUUUUUUUUUCCCCUUCAGUUUUUUGUUGUAUUGUAAAGAGGGAGAUACUAAUAAAGUUUUUGUAAAUACUG